UCCCACCUCCAGGCGUAAGUUCUAUUUGUUAUAAUUAUGUUUCAUUGCAUUUGAUGAAAUCAAUAUGGGCCUAGUCCUCGUAGUAAGCUAACAGUUUUUUAAAUGCAUUUCACGUAUCGUAACGUUCGUUCCAAAUUAGAAACAUACACGCAGAUUAUAGAAAAGUUCAGUUGCCUUGAACAAAUAAAAAAACACCAAAAUAAAAAUAUUCUGAACAGUUCACAACGAUCGAAGAAUAUACUAUAUUUUUGUUUUAAACCAGUUAACAAUGCUAUAAUAAAUCUUGAUCGAAUAUCUCUUCUUCCUUUGUAGCCACUCAUCAUCAAGGAAGUUAGACCACCACAGCCACCACCGCCACCUCCGCUUCGUAUUAGACAACAAGCACCAGCUCGUCCAAGCCCACCCCCACUCAUUCUUCGUGAACGACCGCCAAUACCGCCUCAAUCGGUUCAAAGUCAAACAGUCAUUCGUCGUUUGGCUCCAUUACCAGUCCCGCCACGUUCAGUUAUCAUUGAACGUCUUCCACCUCUACCACCCAAACCACGUGAUAUCAUCAUCGAAAGAUGGAUCCCAUACGGACGUCAAGCCAAACGUCGCGUCAUUGUUCAACGUGCUGUUGCUGCUCAACAAUAUGUAAGACCACGAAAUAUCAUCAUCCAAUAUGAACCAAUUCAAGUUCGUGUUGUCAGACAAUUUCAAAGACUUGGAGUUCAACAAGAAAAUCCACACGCCUAUGUUGCACGAUUUGGUGCUUCACUUAGAGAUGCCCAGACUUUGUUGCAAGAAGCAAGACAAGCAGGUGUAGUCGAAGAUAUUUCGCCACCAGUCGGUGGUGCUAUUGGAUUUGGAGCUCAAUCUUAUGGUCAAGACAUCGGAUAUAGUGGCGGCGCUGGAUUCAGCGAUGGUGCAGAUUUUGCACAAUCAUCCUAUGGCUCUCAAUCCGGUUAUGACUUAGGAUUUGGAGGUGGAUUCGGUGGAUCAGCAUCAGGAUUUGAAAAUGUAGGUGGAUAUGGAGAUCAAGGGGGAUUCUCAGGCUAUGAAUCAUCUCAAAGCUACGGCGGUGGUUUCGGCGGAGGGGAAUUUGACAGUCAGGGCGCUGCCUUCCAAGGAGGAUAUGAUGCGGGAUUCGGUGGUGGUCAAUAUAGCUCAUCAUCAUUUGAAUCAUCAUCUUAUGGUGGUGGAUUCGAUGCCGGCUCUGCUGGAUUCAGCAGUGGAUUUGAAAGCGGACUAGGAGCCGUGGGAUCGUCUACUGACUAUGGUGUUGGAUAUGAUGCAAAUUUAUCUGGUAUUAGCGGAUCUUCUGAUUUUGGAGGACAAUUUUCAUCGCAAUCAUAUGAAUCAUCAGCAGCUUAUGAAGGAUCAGCCGGAGGUUACGGUGGAGCCAGUUACGGUGGUAGCAUCGGUGGAUUUGAUCCCAUUCAAGCUGCUUUCAACAGAGCUGAUGCCAACAGAGAUGGUACUAUAGAUCAAAAUGAAUUUCGUCAAUUCUUCCAAGGUGGUUUAUAA